AUGACAUUGGGUCUGACGAUAUGUCCGGUUGGACUUCUCUCAACAUCAACUCCAGCAUACAACCAGCCACAACGUCUAGUCUCUGCGGCAGUGAAGGCUGCUUUUUUCUGUAUCACCGCCCCUCCCCCCCGACAGGUCCAGGACGUCAUUUACGCCGGACUCACUCCCGCCUUUACGUGUCAACCGAAGACCCACGAGCACAGGUUCGACUCAGUUACGAGGGAAGUUGGCUCGACCGGUCUCUGUGUCUAG